UCACCUUGGCCCAUUUACACACGCCAGGCUAUAGGUAACGCAGUGCACUCAUGUGCAAUGGUUGUAGGGACAAUCCACAGGCGCUUCUGAUGCAGCGUCUCUGAUCUGCAAUGUUGUCCCGUCUUCCUCUCCACGGAUGCUGCCUGACCUCCAGUGUCCUUCAACGUUCCCAGUUUUAUUUCAGGUUUCCAGUGUCUGCAGCUUAUCGAUUUCCAAUCCACACUGAUAGGCAGAAUGCAAGGAUACCCGAAGAGUGGGGCCGGUCUGUCAUUGCAUAACACCGGGGUACAGUACAGAUGCUGCUCAACCCUCCAGCAGAUCGUUUGUUGCUCCAGAUUCCAGCAUCUGCAGGUCCUCCUGCCUCCUCUGCAGGUGAUUGCUCCAGGGGCAGGCAGGGAUUUGAUGGGUUGAACGGCCUCCUUGUGGUUGAGCAGGAGGUCCAGAGGUGGAGAGGGAUGGACAAAGCCUGCUUACUUCACGAGACAUCACAAGUGAUGUAACAAAGGGGUGAUUUCACUGUCCAUUGUACAUCAUCACCACAUGGUGGGGAGGCAAUGUGUCGAUGCAAAGGAGACACACACUCGGUCUCAAUGAAGACAUCGCUUCCAGAAGGAAGGGACUGCAAAAGGCACGGGGAGGAAAGUACUCAGCACCAGGAGGACAGAGCAGCUCUCCAGGAAAUGACCGAUGGAGGAAUUUCUGGGCAGCUACAUCAUCUUCCUCAUCCUGCUCUUCAUUGAAACCAAAGGAAUCCCUCCCGCCACCCUCGCUCUCAUCAUUCUCAACAUGUUCAUCUUCCUGGCGCCGGAGCUCAGCGUGGGCGAAGUCUGCCUCAGCGUCACCACCACGGUCUACAUGUGUGAGUGGCAGCGGCUGCUGCUCGCCCCCCUGCAUCACAUCGAUAUCGAUCACCUGGGCUUCAACAUGGCCUCGCUGGUGUGGAAGGGCAGCCGGCUGGAGCGGCGGAUUGGCAGCGCCCGUUUUAUGAUCUCCGUCUGCGUCUUCGGCCUGCUGACCGGCCUCAUCUACCUGUCCAUAAAGGCCGGCCUCUCCCACCUGCUCAACGAAACCUUCAAUGCAGACUGCGCUGUGGGAUUCUCAGGAAUCCUUUUUGCUCUAAAGGUGAUUAAUAAUGGCCACUGUGCAGACGGAAACAUCCCAGGGCCAUUCCAGAUCAAGAAACGAGACGCUUGCUGGGCAGAGCUCGCCUUGAUCCACUUACUCUCUCCAAGAUCUUCGUUUGUUGGCCAUCUGGCAGGCAUCUUAGUUGGUUUAGCUUAUGUGAAAGGUCCCCUCAGAACGAUCAUUAAUUGGUUUACCGGCAAAGAACACAGUAACGUGCAAUUUUCAGAGUGCUGCCUUGUGCGGAAUCUCCAACUGGACCAGGAGCCUAUCAGAGAGUAUGAGCUGGUAGCUCCACCCAGGCACCGCAGACAACGCAAGAGGUAUUAGUAGACCGUACCCUCCACCCCAUUCCCCACAACACCCCCUCUGCCUCCCAGGUCUUCGGCAGACCAAGCCUCCGCAGCUCUCUGCCAAGCCAGACACAGUGCUCUGGAAAUCAGGUGAGUGUAGCAUAGGCCCAACAGUUUUCUGACCUGAGUGCCUCUCUGAAUCUGUGGCAUUAGGAUUAGGAAAGUUCUGGCACUAUCUAAUCGUCAGCCCAGGGGAGGAAACUAAAGGACCAGUGUUUUAGACUGUGACCUCAUCCAGGAACCGUGUGGAAUGCAGAAGUUGGGAGGUCACGUUGCAGCUGAGCAAGACGUUGGUGAGACAGUGUGUUUCUGGUUGCCCCAUGAUAGUAAAGAUGUCAUUAAGCUGGAGAGAAAGCAGAAAAGAUUCACAAGGGCAUUACUGGGACUGGAGGACUUGAGUUAUAAAGGUAGGCUGAGACUUUUGGGUGGCUGGAUGGAGAUACAUCUCUACCAAAGGAGAGGUAAGGUGCUCCUUCCCUCCGCUAGCCUGCAGGUCACCCUUGGGCAAUGAUUAGCACCUGCUUAGCCCCCCUGUUCGGGGUCAUGUGAAGCCAUGGGUGCAGCCGGUGCAUAUCACAAGUCCUGGCUAUGUGACCACUGACGUCAGGCAGACAAUCUCUGAAGAGUAUUGAUAAUGGCUGGGGUCACCUGCUUUGUAAAGACUCUGUCCAGAAGGCAAAAGCAAACCACUUCUGUAGAAAAAUUUGCGAAGAACAAUCAUGGUCAUGGAAAGACCAUGAUCACCCAUGACAUAUGAUAUGCUACAUAAUGAUGAUAAUUUGCAGGAUUUACAAUGGCAAGAUUGGGGAUAUUGUGGACAGUGAGA